AUGGGGACAAAAACGGGCUUUUCUAUUCUAGACUAUGUUAUAUUUGUGGCAACGGUAUUGUGUUCAUUCCUGAUCGGAUUAUUUUUUGCAUUGUGGGAGCGAAAGAAGAAUCACAAUAACCCGGAGGAGUACUUCUUAGCCGGACGCAGGUCUAGGCUCCUGCCGGUGACUUUGUCUUUCAUCGUCACUUUCCAAUCGUCCAUCAUAAUGUUGGGAUUUCCAGCGGAAGUGUAUCUCUAUGGUGCUAUCUACGUUUACUACAUGAUAUCCAUAGUCAUCGCUUUCACUUUCACCGCUUUCUUCAUCGUUCCCGUCUUCUACCCUCUUAAGCUAACGACUGUUUACGAGUACCUGAAUUUACGUUACGGCAAUAAUGAACUUCGCUACGUUACUAUGGCAAUGGGCAUUUUCUACAAUGUAUUCUACAUGAGUACCGUCACAUAUGGCACGUGUGUGGCCCUAGACGUUGUAAUGGGCCUACCUUAUUGGGCGACCAUCGUCAUUUAUACAUCCGUUACUACAAUUUACACCUCCAUCGGCGGAAUAAAGGCAGUCAUUUGGACUGACGUUUUCCAGUUUGUAAUUAUGACAACUGGCAUUUUGGCGGUAAUUAUAAAAGGUAUCAUUGAAGUUGGCGGUAUAGCACAAGUACAAAAGUACAGUGAGAGUCGUUUGAAUUUCAACCAAUUCGGAUUGGACCCUCGAAUACGUUACACAUUCUGGAAUUUGGGGGUAACAUCUGUUCCUAUGUGGCUGUAUACAAGUUACAUGCAACCGGCGAUGCAAAGAGUAUACUCAACACCAGAUGUAACGACCGCAAGAAAUAUGUACCUCAUUUCAGCCCCUGUUUAUAUACUCAUAUGUAUUGGUACAAUUUUCGAAGGACUGGUCAUAUUUGCAUACUAUACGUCGAAGGGAUGUGACAUUUACAAUAGUGGGGUAAUAAACAAUAUCAACCAGCUUGUACCGUACACAGUGUUAGAGUUGUUUGGAGAUCUUCCAGGCCUACCAGGUCUUUUCAUCGCCGCGUUGUCCAGUGCCGCAUUUAGCACACUGUCAUCGUGUCUCAGUUCCCUCUCUGCCAUCGCGUAUGAAGAUAUCUUAAAAGUCCGAAAUCCGAAUGUCAGUUCUCAAGUUGCUACAAACAUAUCACGGUUAGUGACUGUUCUGUUCGGGGUUAUCGCGCUAGCAGUGACAUUCCUGAUAUCAACUCUACCUGGCUCAAUUAUAUCACUAUUUUCAAGUUUCGUAGCCUGUAUGGAUGGCCCGACAUGUGCAAUAUUCAUGUUGUCAGCGUUCAGCCGAAGAGUAACGACAAAGGGAGUGUUGUUCGGAGCGAUGUGUGGGAUGUCCAUAUCUCUUUGGUUGAAUCUGGGAAAACUAUUCUCUGAUAUUCCAGCAGAUAUACCACUCCCAGCAGGUCCGACAGAUUCCUGCUCGAUUACUUCCAACUUGACUUCACUAAAUUCAUUAACACCAAACGAGUAUUCGACUGUUACUUACAUGCCACAUGAGGAAACAUCGACUGCUUUUGUUCACGCAACUCACAGCCUUUCAGGAUUACAGGAGCUUUACCGUGUGUCAUAUAUGUACUAUUCUUUCAUUGGAUUUACUAUUUCUUUUGUUGUUGGAUUCUUAGCCAGUUUGUGUUGUGAAGCUCCAAAACGUGUGGACAACAGAUGUCUGUUUGCAUUCCGUAAACAUGUUUUAGGCAAACAAUCAGACACAAUGAACGAGGAAACAAUUGCAAAAGAAAAUGAGGAAGAAGCGUUAAUGUAAACCAAAUUGAAUUUUAGUUUUUAACUCCAAAAACCAUAUUUAGUUUAAAAUGUUUAAAAAAAGCUAAUGUGACAAAAUCAUUAAUAUUUCAUUGAGACACAUUUUAUUCGUAGAGCAAGCAUCACACUUCCGUUUGUAUAUAUGACAACACGCCCUUUGUCACGAGAGCUAGCACAGAACAUUUUUUAUUUGGUAUAAAUUGAGUAAAACUUUCCUUUCAAAGAAAUUUGAGUCAUUUGCAGGAAAUAUUUUUGAAUUUCGUCACGAUCAACUAGUUUUUGUUUGCAAUAUUAACCUUGAGUGGCAUAUCUUAAUUAUUUAAGGGAGUACUUGAACUCGUCAUGCUUUAGAUGUUUUGGCCAUGAUAUCAACGACCGAGACAACUAAUUACAAGUACCUAAUCGAUAAACGCAAUGUUUAGAUAGAGUAUGUGUUAUAGUACCAAGUAGAUGUCAAUUUAACUGCAGUAGCUUGUGUAAUUAUGUACCUAUUAUGGUAAAAGAAAAUUAUGUUUUAGCUCCAUUUAAUGCCGACAAAAACUUAAUAUGUAUUUUUUCAAAAUAUAUGUUCUUGUCUACAUAUAUGUAUAGUAUUGUAAUAUACAUACGCAUUCUGACGUACACUUUGCAUAGAAAGUAACACAAUGCAAGUAUGGCAUGCACAGAAUGUCAUCGUAGACAUGUGUCAGUUAUAUAUAUUACAAAAGAAGUCGUAGUGUUAUACAAAAUCAGUGUAACAUAGUUCGAACAACGGACACUUUCGGCAGAUGAACUAUUAAUGGUGUUGUUGCGAUACUCAAAGUUUAAAAAAAAACUACCUGUCGUUAAACGUUGCCAUAUAUUCACAUGUCAAGUGAACAAUUAUUGUAUUGUAUUGUAUUGUAUUGUAUUGUAUUGUAUUGUAUUGUGUUGUAUUGUAUUGUAUUGUAUUGUAUUGUAUUGUAUUGUAUUGUUUU